AUGUGGCGCGAUCUGUUUUGGGGUGAUAAUGAUAUCCAGGAAGCCACAGCGUCGGAGCCGCUCACGUUGGAAGAGGAGUACGAGAACCAGCAGUCGUGGCGCACCUCUCACGACAAACUCACCUUUAUCAUCUGCCAGCCUCUCGACUCGUCGUCGACGACGGCGUCGACCGAGACCGUGCAAGCGGGCGAGGUUGAUGCUUCGGAACGGAUGAUUGGUGACAUCAACUUCUUCACCUAUCCCUACGACGACGAUGACGACGAAGAUGCAGAAGGCCAGGCCGCCGCGGCAAACGAAGGGUUGUACGUCGGCGAGGUGGACGUCAUGGUAGCGUCCAAGGAGCACCGCGGCAGGGGUAUCGGCCAUGCCGCCGUGACGACGCUGUUGACGUACAUUCACCGGAACAAGGCGCAGAUCCUCGAGGAGUAUGUUCAUGGAGGGGAGGGGGGCAAGGGAACGACCAAGAAGGCGGCGCAGCUGAAGGGUUUGAUGGUGAAGAUUAAGGAAGGCAAUGCCGCGAGCAUUGCGCUAUUUCGGCGGCUGGGGUUCGUGCAGAAGGGGGAGGUGAAUUACUUUGGCGAGAUUCAGAUGGUUCUCGGGGACAUGGAUGAGUUUGUGGCCUCUUCUGCUGGCAUGAAGGCUGCGGAUGAGUAUCGUGAGGUCUCGUAUUCUAGAUAG